AUGGACGACAUGUCUCUGUCAGAUCGUAAUUACAGUCCACCGGCAUGGAAAAGGCUUGAGAAUGGAGAUCGGUGGUACGGAAAUUGGCGCGAGAGUAGGGACAUCUUGGGAGGUUUCGACCAGCCGAGGCGCAUAAAUCAUACCAAUAACAGCAUCUUCCAGAACGAUAUCUUCGAGGCGGCUCGUAGGACGCGCCUGCCAACAGGAAGUUUAAGUCCCGAAAAGGGGGUUACACCAGAACCAGAGAGCCCAACUGAGGAUGAUACCCUGGUCAAGUUGAAGAGCGAGUCGCCAGCUAAUGGCCAUUUAAAUGGAGGGACGACACAAAACGGUAUAAUAGCGUCCAUGUCGCCUGGUGCUUCUAGGGAUAAUUAUAUCCGAUUAGCGCUACGUGCUGAUAUCCAACAGCGAACAGAGCCCAUUGAGGCUGCUGUCAAUUUCCUAAGAUCAAAAUCAUGGGGAAAUAUCAUCGUCGCAACCCUCGUCGCAUUCUUAUCAAUGACUGCUAUCCGAACACUUUUCCAGCCCGCACCGCCGCGACCGUCGCCUGAUCUGGUCAAGGUAGCAGGUAUUGCGCGCUCCUUCGAACCAUUGAUCUAUUACUCAGAAAAUGGCGUCUCUCAGGUUGGCGACCUCCAAGCAACCGGUGUUGCUGUGUGGGAUCUUGGCGAGAGUGUUCGGUCAAGUAAUAUGACAUCGGCGCCUAUUAUUGUAAAGUCACUUGAUGAACUCUCAGAAAGCUUGAAGACUCUGGCUAUUGAGCUCACAAAAUUUUUCUCCAAUGUUGACGGCGACAUUGACAGUAUAUUAAUUGUGAUGGACUGGGCGCGGCGAGAGCUAUCGCAAGUGCAAGCCGUCCCAAGCCAACCUCUCUCCACAGCAUUUGCCAACAUUCACACCCUGCUCUCCGUGGCUGGCGUUUUCGAGAAUCCCAACACAGGUAUGCCGACGCGAUUGGGCGAUAUAGCGACAACCAUGUUUGGUAUGUCGCAUCCGCAGCGAACUCGUUACGCGCUUCAACGGACAUUUACGGAAUUCCUAUCGGUCCUGGAAGAAGCUAUCGAGAACGAACUACACCAUUCGCUAUCACUGUUCGCCCUUUUCGAAGCUAUCGACCGUCAGUUCCUAAACUUGGCGCGUGUCGUCGUGCGAGAGUCAUCGCAACAAGAUGAACAGCACGCCGACUUCCUCUCUUCGUUGUGGACACGUAUUUUAGGGCCUAAAGUAAGCGAGGUGAAGAAGUAUGAGCGUAACCGCGAACUACUUCAGAACGUGCGCGAGAAGACAGUGCGCAACAAAGGCAUACUGGUAGAGCAUAAUGGCAAACUCCUUACCUUAAAAGCCAACCUUGAGACUUUGAGACGGAAGCUGGUUUCGCCGCUAGUACGAAGCGUAAACAGCAGUACCCUCUCUCUCGAGGAGCAGAUAAAAAGCCUCGAGGACGUGGGCGUAUACCUCGAAAACUUACGCGCACGGCAAAGGGGCAAGCUAAUAGAGAUGGUACAUGGCAGUGCCAAUGCCAGGGCUAGUAUCUCGGGAAGCGCGAGGUUAAUCGAUAACCAAGGAAGUUGGGCCUGA